AUAGCCAUGUCUUCCAGCGCGGCGAUGGUGCGGAUCUUGAUAAAGGGUGGCAAAGUGGUGAACAGCGACUGCACCACAGAGGCGGAUGUCUACAUUGAAAACGGCAUCAUCCAGCAGGUGGGGAAGGAGCUGAUGAUCCCCGGCGGGGCCAAAGUGAUUGACGCCUCGGACAAGCUGGUCCUCCCCGGCGGCAUCGACACCAGCGUUCACCUGCAAGAGAGCUUCAUGAAUGCCACCACCGCAGACGACUACUACAGUGGCACAAAGGCCGCUCUGGCUGGGGGUACGACAAUGGUGAUAGGACAUGUGCUCCCGGAGAAGAACGAGUCUUUGCUGGAAGCUUAUGAGAAGUGCCGGAGCAUGGCCGACCCCAAAACCUGCUGUGACUAUGCUCUGCACGUGGGAGUUACUUGGUGGGGAUCCCAGGUGCGGGCUGAGAUGGAGAAGCUGGUUAGAGAGAAAGGCGUGAACUCUUUUCAGAUGUUCAUGGCCUAUAAGGACAUGCACAUGCUGAGGGACAGCGAGCUCUUCCAGGCCCUCCAAAACUGUAAGGACAUCGGAGCCGUGGCCAGAGUCCAUGCAGAGAACGGAGAACUCGUGGCAGAGGGUGCAAAGGAAGCCUUGGAGCUGGGUAUCAGUGGCCCAGAGGGCCAUGAGAUCAGCAGGCCUGAGGAGUUGGAGGCAGAGGCGACCCACAGGGCAAUUACCAUUGCCAACAGAGCUCACUGCCCUAUCUAUCUUGUCAACGUGUCCAGUGUGUCUGCAGGAGAUGAACUGGCUACAGCAAAGAUGCAGGGUAAAGCUGUCCUUGGUGAGACAACCACAGCGCAUGCCGUGCUGAACGGUGUGCAGUACUAUCAUCAGGACUGGGCCCAUGCUGCAAGCUAUGUCACCGUGCCUCCACUGCGCCUGGAUCCCAACACGUCCAAUUUCCUCAUGAGCUUGCUCGGAAAUGACAGUCUAAACGUGGUGGCAUCCGACCAUCGUCCCUUCACCACCAAACAAAAGGCGAUGGGCAAAGAUGACUUUACGAAGAUCCCCCAUGGGGUCCCUGGCAUCCAAGACCGCAUGAGCGUCAUCUGGGAAAGAGGAGUGGUUGGGGGCAAGAUAGACGAGAACCGUUUUGUAGCAAUCACAAGCUCCAACGCAGCCAAGAUCUACAACCUCUACCCCAAGAAGGGCAGGAUCAUCCCCGGGGCAGAUGCUGAUGUGGUGGUCUGGGACCCCGAGGGCUCCAAGAUCAUUUCAGUGGCUAACCAGGCCCAAGGAGGGGACACGAACCUGUAUGAAGGUAUUCGUUGCCACGGUGUGCCCCUGGUCACCAUCAGCCGUGGGCGACUGGUCUAUGAAAACGGUGUCUUCACAUGUGCCGAGGGCUCAGGAAAGUUUCACCCCCUCCGAACAUUCCCGGACUACCUUUACAAGAAGAUGGUUCAGAGGGAAAAGUGCCAGGUGGUGAAAGCCGUGGAGCGGGAGCCCUACUCGGGUGAAGUAGCGGUGGUGGUCAACUCAGGAAAGGACCACGGAGCUGCAGACCUGGAUCCUCCAACGCGCCCCUGCACCAGACACGGGGCUAUGAGAGACCUCCAUGAGUCCAGCUUCAGUCUCUCUGGUGCCCAGAUUGAUGACAAGAUUCCCAAGAGAUCCUCGGCCAAGAUCCUGGCUCCUCCGGGGGGCCGAUCCAGCGGGAUCUGGUAAACUUUGCUGACCAAUCAGGCAGCAGUUACACAAAGCCGAAGAAGAGCAAAAUCUGACGGAGACAUACGUGGCCGAGCAAGACAACUUGUUUUUCUUUUGAGAAAACUUAGCAGGGCAGCGGGAGGGGGAUCACAUUUUUGUUUUCAACUCAACACUGUUAUUUAGGAUGUUGUCAGUUAAACAUUAUCCUGUAAUACAUUGCCAUAAAACGUGUCGGAAUGUGAGCCAAGUUAACUUUGGCUGCAAAAGUGGUUUAACAUUAAAAAAAAAAUCAGUCAAAU